UGAAAAUUCGACGUUGAAAAUGCUUCUUAGGAACUCUAAUAUUUCACUAUGCGAAUUGUUUGAUACCUUAGAAGAAAGGUAUCAAGAGGAGAGUGAUUAUUGUGAGUUUGUAAAUUGGAAGCAAACGAUAUCACAAAUAGGACAUCAAAAUAUGGCAAAUGCUAUUUUUGGACCAGUAAUAGAACAGUUAAAAGAGUUUGUAAUACCAAAUAUCUUGAAGAAGCAAGAGGAGCAAAUGAGUCUAAGUCUUUAUUAUCAUGCUACAGAG